GCGCUAUUUUUUUUUUAUUCCUCUUUUUAGAAACAAUCUAUAGAGAAAAAUGACUGCUGGCUCCGUCUUAGCACCUCAAGUUAUACCACUUCGAAUCUCAACAUCGGGCAAAGCUAAACAUGAAAUAGAUACAAAUACUCUUGUAGAAAUUAAAUCAGAUACUCCUGAUGUUACAAUCUAUUAUACUAUUGAUGGUAGUAAACCACAGCUCUUUGGGAGACUUGGUUACAGAGAUCAUAAUACAUUUAUGUAUAAGGAACCAAUCACAUUACCUGAUGGGAAAAUAACAGUAAAAGCUCUGGCAGUUACAAAGGACUACCGAGAAAGUGCUAUUGUAACAAAAAUAUUUGUAGUAACAUAUGCACCUCCAAACACCCACGUACCUAAUCAAGAUAAUGAGAAUUUCCUGAAAGAUCUUUCAAGAAAGGAAGUGGAAAAUGAAUUAUCUGAUUUAAGUCUAAGAAAGAACAAAGUGGACAUGAAAAACAAACUCCGUUGCAGUGCUGUAGCAGAAAAAUCACAAGGUUUAUCAAAAGAAAAAGUAGACAUGUCUUUGCAUCUCAGUAGACCACAUUUGAUGAAAAGUUGUUUGAGUGCCGCAAGUAACAAAGAAGAGUCUAACCUCGUCAUAUUUGUGCCUCAGUCACAGUUUACUGUGAACAAUAGUAGAAAUCCUACAAGCAGUCAAACAUUGAGAAUUCAGAGGGAAACAGAUUUCAUGUGUGCACAAUGCUUAACUCCUCAGCCAUCUGAUCCAGUUUCUUACUUCUGUCAAAAAUGUGGCUCAUUGAGUCCAUCUGUGCCUAAAUGCAGCACUCCACCUCUUGUAGAUGUUAAGGGCAAAGUACUGUGCCAUGUUUGUGGAGCAGAAAAUCCGGUUCACAUUAAACAGUGUGUGAUCUGUGACAGCCACCUACAUGAAGAGAAGAUGCGUCAAUGUCAUUUCAUUUGUUUCAAGUGUGGUGCAAGCAGUUAUCCAUAUGGUAGAUUUUGUGGCAUUUGCAGUCUUUACACUGAACAUUCUUCCAGACUGGACCCUGAGAAUAUGCUACAGUUGACUGCUGGAGAUUACAGAAGGAUUUCUGAGAAUGAGAACUUGCAGACCUGGGAGCAAUCACUUGUUUCAUUGUCAGCAUCAAGACCAGAUUUAUUAGAGAAAAAAGAACAAGGAACACAAACCACUGGCUUGUUCUAUCCAUCCAGCAAACUUCUAAAGAAGAAAGAAUGUGAGAUGAUCGCUCAAAAGGAGAAGCAGAAUAAGACAAAUGAUCACAAUCGGCUGCUCACAGCUAUCAGUCCUGGCAGAGGUUACUGGAGGAAGCAACUAGAUCAUGUUUGUGCACACCUCAGAAGCUAUGCACAGAAUAACCUAGCGUUCAGAACCUUAAUUGGAGAGCCUCAAAUGGGGAAGCUUAUUUCUGCUACAGUCCACAAGGAUGAUUAUCAAAUCAGUCUCCAGAUAAAUUAUGCACUUGCUGUAAAUAAGGAUAUUUUGGCCAGCAGACCCAUGACAUUUGACGAUUAUGAUCUGAGCCCCAGCAAAGCAGCAAGUAAACUUUGCCAGAGAAUAUCAAGCCGCAACAAGAUGACAGAAACAAGGAAGUCUCUAGAAAAAGAAGACAGGCUUAAUUCUGAGUCAAGGCAGUUACUGAAGGAGCUGGGUCCAGAAGGACAUGGAGAUCCCUUUUUGAUAGAACAACUGAUUGAUGAGGGAGCUGACCCCAACUGCACCAAUAAUGACGACCAACCAGUUUUAACGUUGGCAGUCCUGAACAAUCAUCAUGAAGCUAUUCCUGUUCUUGUACAAAAAGGUGCAGACAUUGACCAUCAGUCAGGAUUACUUAACAACACAGCUCUUCAUGAAGCACUCUUGCUUGGUCUGAAAGGAUGGAAGUGCACUGAAGUUUUGUUAGGAUGUAAUGCAGAUGUUAAAAAGAAGAAUGCCAGUGGAUUAUCAGCUUGCAGUUUGGCACUGAAGACUGGAAGUGACAAAAUAAUUUCCUUGUUUGCUAAUAAACUAGAAUAGAGGAAGCUGAACAAGCCUACCCCAUCCAAAAUAAUUGUUAAUCUCAAUAGUUUCAGAAUUCAUUUUUGUUUGGAAGACUAAAGUUAUGGAAAUUUUCCUCUUGAUUUAUAUGGCUUCUAAAGUUAGUUAUGUGUAAGGCUAACUUUACUAAUGGCAAGUUUCAUGUGAGAUCUAUUAACUUUACUGAUGAAUGGUUCAUGCAACAAUUUUUUCUCUGGCUGAUGGUAGCAAGGUGUGGUCAACUAAACAUUUUUCAGUGGCUCAACUGUGAUUCUGUUGUGCUCUGAACUAUGCCUAUGAAUUCACAAUUGAUCCAGGCUCAAGAUAGCGUUGCUACAUGCAGUUCACAGUAUCUUUCUGACACAAAUCAUUUUCCAUUCCUUAGAAAGAUAUACACACUCAAGUUUAAUUGCUGGUUAUGCAGAGGUUACUACUUUUGUUUAGCAAUCAUAUUAGAAAAGUAUUGCUCCACAGCAUUACCUUUAUUGUCUUGGUUACUUUGACUUUCUUGGCAAGAUUAAUUCAGAGAAUGUUUACCAUAGUCUACUGCUAAAUCUGAAAGAAUGUGAUUUCCUGAAGGUCACCCAUUGGGUUUCCAUGGCCAUGUGGGGAUUUGAACCCUAGUCUCCUGGAGUCCUAGUCCAACAUUCAAAGCAUUAUAUCAUGCUAGCAGUCCCAGCACAAUUUCAGUUAAAUACUUGUAUUUCCUUGCCUUUUAUGUAUCCUAGUCUUGGAAUCUACAAGUAAAUGUAAUAUUUAAAAUGUCUCCACACAAAAGAGAAGUCAAAUCUGUGCUUUAAGCAAGAGAUAGUUUAACAAGGCUUCCCCCUGAGUAGAAAAUGAGAAGUUGGUACGAGCCAUGAAUGGUAAUUUUUGGUGGUCCAGAGGAGCAAUCUACUUACCUAUG